ACAAAAGGAGUUGGCUCGUGGUUUCUGUUAACCUUUUCCUUCUAAUGCAGCUAUUUCAGCGAGAGAAAACAUUUUCAUGGGAAAGGAAAAUAAAAGGCUCUUUACAAAGAAGUAGCCUUUUCCCCAAGAUGUAGCCUUUAUUUUUAAUUGACUGCCAUACUGAUGAAUAAAUAUGAGUCUUCUCUGAAAAUAUUUUCUGAAGUAGUUUCAGCCCACAUGUCAUGGGGUUUGUUAAAAAUAAAUAAAAGUUCUCAAGAAGCAAAUACUGUGAUGUGUCCCUAGAUACCUUUUCAAAAAUAAAAUCUGUCCCAGAAAAUUCUGUGAAUGUCUUUGUAGAAGCAGGAAUGUGCCUGAGAGCCAGAGAGGAGUAGAUGGAACUAAGCAUGGAAGAGCCAUAACAAGCUGGAUGAAAUGUAGGUUUAAACAGUAGAGAUUCACCAGGGUUUUUUUAUUAUUGUUUCUGUUUAAACUAUUUAGAGUGGUAUGGACAGUUUCUCACAUGAAAAAAGCUAUAUUGUAGUGUGACAAGCACAGCCAUUCUUGCCUUAAAGGAGUAGGAAAUGCUGUUUCCUUUCCUCCAGCAAUUUUUUACAAAAGAAAACCAACAGUUUUUAUGACAAUACCAUUGCUUUUAUUAGCUUUUUCCUGCAGUGUUCUGUGGUCUUUAUUUGUAAACAUUAUGGUCAGAUGCCUGUUCUUUUAACAUGUUGUUACACCAUUGCAAAAAGCACAAACUUUUGUGAGUUUAUCAUCUGUAAAAUAAGGCAAGUCUGUGAAAUGAUGUCAAAUGAUGAGCAAGGUUCAGCUGAAGCACUGGUUCUCAGCUUUGGAUGGGUCCCUUGAUGAAAGAGGUGCACCAUGUACAGUCCAAAGGAGUGACAAAAAUGAUGAUAAGGCCAGCUUUGAGGGAUCUGAAGGAGCUGUGGUUGGUUAACACGGAGGCUGAGGUGUCCAGCCCAGGGAAGAUGGCUGCAAAGGGAUAAUUCCUGUGCCAGCUGGUGUCAGUCAGGUAGCAAAUGGAAGAAGUUUCUUGCUGACAGCAAAGCACUGAAAUAGGUGGCCUGAAAGGGCUGAGGUUGGCAUCCUCAAAGGCACAGAUUAGGAACUAAGGGUGACACAAGCUUUGAGGUUAGGGAAGGGGCCUGAUGACCUUCAGAUCAUGUUUGCCAUGAAAGAUGGGGUUUAUUGAUUUUUAAUGAUCUGCCUCCCAAGGCUGUGGCUUUGGAAGAAAUAACAAAGUAUCGUGGAACCCACAAACACUUGAAAGGUUUGCAGACAGUGGAAAAACUGAGUGAGGUAGAAACUGCCUACAUGGACAGGAGCAGAACUAUCCUCCCUCCAAGGUGGGUCUCACUGCCCUCAAGUUGGCCAGGAGAGAGGAAAAGGAAUAAAGUGGCAAGGCAGUGCUUGUUUUACCUUUCCUCCACACCCUGCAGCCUCUGGCCAUUUUUGCUGUCUUUUGAAACACAAAGUGAUCUGCACCAGUAGUGUUUGAAUAGCAAAUAUCAGUGCAGCAUAAAGCAAAGAGCUCUCAUAUUAGAAAAUGAGCACCCCCUGGUAUUUGAUAGCAUAACAUGCAGCAGAAAUACCUGCAGGUUGUUGUUCUGCCAUCUUCUGAUUGCUUUACAAAGGUUGGCUGCUUAUCCUUGGUCUCAUUUAGGACAUAAAGAAGUGAGGAUAAGAAGAAAGGAGGUACAAAGCAAGCAAGGUAAUUUAUAUACAUAUUUUGUUUGUAGCAUGUUGAGUCAACUGUUUAUCUGUUAGUUGGAAAGGGCUGAAAUAAAACAUCGUCUUGGUUGGGUUAAUACCACGUGAGGAGCUCUAGGAAGGGGAGGAAAGUAGGGCAGCUUGUUUUGGAACUUGUGCUGGAGAACAAAUAAAAACCCCCAAUGUACACAUUCACUUACCAUAUGUCACGCUUAUCUGAGAGGCAUCUCAGGGCUGUUUCUUUGCAGGGAUGCUUGAACUGCACAGAGCAGCCUUGCCUGCUGAGGAGAGUGCAUGCCAGAGGAGCUGGGCUUGCUGUGGGUGAGAGGAGCUUUCGUGCCUACUGAGGCAGGAGCUCGCUCCUUCCCCCGCUCCCCUCUGCGACUGGCGCCGGCACCCGGAUCGCUGCAGCUGUGCCUGAAGGAAAGCAAAGGAGCCUGAUUUUGCUGAGAGAAUUUUCCUGGCAGGGGAGGGCAUGCAGUGCAGAGAGCUGUGCCUGCCCAGAGCCUGGAAGUGCGAGUCCAGGUGCUAGGGUGAGUUCCACCCAACCAGGCUGUGGUGACUCCUUCCUCUGCAGCCGCGUCUUGCUCAGCACCAGGGGGGCUGUGAGUGAGGGGCUGCCCAUGGCCCCGUGGCAGCCUGGGCUGGAUUAGUGCCUGCUCUGUGUCCCCUUGAGCCAUCUGAGGAACUGAAGAACACAGCAGGGAAGAUGCUGGACUUGAGCUUCCUGACCGAGGAGGAGUAUGAAAAGCUGAUGAAGGUUCUGCAGAGAGAUGCAGAGCUGAAGAAGAAGGAUGGGGAUCGCAUCAGGAGGAUUCAAGGCUCCAUCACAGAUGAAAAGAAGAAGAAGUUUGUGACAGGUGAAUGGUUUUCAGAAGUGAAGGCAAAACGGUUCCAGGAAGACUUGGCAGGGCCGGAUCUCCUUCGGGCAUCCAUCAGAAGGAAAAAGGGAAAGCUAGAAAAUGAGGACAAGAGGCACAUCCAGACAAGUCUGGAAAGCAAAGCUGCCCCAGUUCCUGCCUUUCCUGAGGACAUUGCUGAUGCAGGAGAGGGAAGAUCCAGUACACCUACUCUUGAAACCACAGAGCAGAAAAUUUUGCCAAAACCGAAGCCAAGACUUCCUGUCCAUUUAUCUGCAUCAUACAAGAGAUCCAGCAUACAUGAUGUCUCUUCCUCAGAGAGUGACACAGGAACAAGUCCAAUUGUGACUGAAACAAACAGCUUUCAUUUGUCUGGAAAAGGUCAUGGAGUACCUCCAGUGCCCACCAGGCUUUCAGGGGAUGCUGUGCCCCAGCCCAGCUCUGCAGCUGGAGGAGAAGCUGCUGAUGGAGCCACAGAGGGGCCAAAAACUCCAGCCGAGGAAACUUAUCCUCCCAGCAAAAUACCGGUUAAGAAGAAAGCAAGCAGAACCUUGCCCAGGGGUGAGCAGGCUGUGAAUCACACGGGGCCAGCAGAGAACAGCCUUGCCAAGGAGGAGGCAGCGGCGAGCCCCAGAGCACUGCCCGCAGAAGGGGAGAGCAGCCGGGCCGGCAAGCAGGGAGUGAACUACACCAUCUCAUCCAUGAGUAACAGGGAGGAGGAGACCGGCCUGGACCGCGAGCACUUCAGGAACCUGAAGAACUUUUGGGAGAAGGGAGCAGGCCCGGGGGCAGAGCCGGGCGGGGCGGGGGCGGACGCUCGGCAGCUCAGGCUGUGCCGCUCGCUCUCCCUGCAGCCCGGGCCAGGCCAGGGGGCUGAAGGGCAGCCCGGUGCCUUCAGCAAAACAAGGAGCCCCUACAAAAGGACUAUAACCUUGUCUUCCAGCGAGGAAGAGCCCAGCUAUGCUGCCCCAGCAGGGAAGGGCUCCGUUUCUGUCGCUCCCACAUCCGCCUGUGCCAAGAGCAAAGGGGGCCUGGUUACAAGAAAUGACUCGCUGGGAGAAAGCAACGGGAAGCUGCUGAUGCCAGAGGAAGAGAAGGUGGUGCAGCACUGCUCCAAGAAAUCCAGGCUGCCAGUGAGAGCACCUUCCAUGCAGCUCGAGUCGCCCACCAAGGAUGUGUCUGGCAGCACGCUGGGGCCAGGGGUGCCCGUGCAGGAGGAGCUGGUCGUGGCAGCAGAGCGCAAGCCCACAGGGAGGUCCCCGGCGAGCAGGGUGCAGAUACUGAUCGAGCCUGUGCCCACAGAUGGGGAAAGUGAGGAUGAGAAAGAGGAAAUGUCUGAUUUGGGCACUCAAGACCGCAUGGAAAUAAAUGGAGAGCUACCUGAGGAAAAAAUGUGCAAGUCUUCAGCCCAGCCAACAGCCCGUGAGCCAUCUGGAGAGAGAGAAGCUGUUCAGGGAACAGACUCAGCUGUUUACUCAGAGGAAGAUGGGGAUCAUUCUCCUGCUGCUCAGGCACUGGCCCGAGCAAAUAGCAUUAAUCUUGCAAAGAGCAUGGUGAACAUUUACACAACCACAGAGACAUACAAUAAACCUCAUUUGAUACCACAUCAAUUUCUUGAACCUGAAAGAGUCAAAGAACUGAGCAGAUCCUCUCCCCUCCUGCUGUCUGAGACGGAGUCAGACACGGCCUCGGAGCUCAGCUUCCAGCUGGGCAGGCACAAGAAGUCCCCCAGCACUGGCAGCCACUCCUCUGACAUGGCUUCUGUCUCCUCGGUGAGUGGCAGUGUGCUCAGUGUCUACAGUGGUGACUUUGGGAGUGUGGAUGCCCAAGGAACCGUGGAAUUUGCUCUGGACUAUGACGAGAAGAACCGGGAGUUCCAGGUGCACGUGUCCCAGUGCAAGGGCUUGGCUGUAGUGGAUGAGAGGAAAGGCAGAACUGACCCGUAUGUUAAAACUUACCUGCUCCCAGACAAAGCCAGGAUGGGUAAGAGGAAAACGUCAGUGAAGAAGAGGACAGUGAACCCCAUUUACAAUGAGGUGUUACGGUAUAAAAUAGAGAAAAUGGUAUUGCUGAUCCAAAAAUUAAAUCUCUCUGUUUGGCACAAUGAUCCAUUGGGACGUAACAGUUUUUUGGGAGAGAUUGAAAUAGACUUGGCCAGCUGGGACUGGAGCAACAGGAAACUCAACUGGUACCCGCUGAAGCCCCGGAGCCUUUCUGCUGUUAAUGGUGUGGAUCAUCGAGGAGUGAUGAGUUUGUCCAUUAAGUACGUCCCCCCUGGAAGCCUAGGGCCCAGGAAUCCUCCCUCUGGUGAAGUUCACAUUUGGGUCAAAGACGUCAAGGACCUGCUGCAGUUGCGUCCGUCUGGAGUUGACUCCUUUGUGAAGUGCUAUGUGCUUCCAGACACCAGUAAGAAGAGCUACCAAAAGACCCGAGUCAUAAAGAGAGACACAAACCCUGUUUUCAAUCACACCAUUGUGUAUGAUGGCUUCCACACGGAGGAUCUGAAGGAUGCCUGUGUUGAACUCACUGUGUGGGAUCAUGAGAAGCUUACCAACCAUUUCCUUGGAGGAAUCAGGCUGGGCCUUGGGACAGGUUUGAGCUAUGGCAUCUCUGUGGACUGGAUGGACUCCACUCAGGAGGAGGUGGCCUUUUGGCAGGAGAUGAUGUUGGCUGCCAAUGAAUGGAUCGAGGGAUUGCUGCCACUGCGCUCGCUGGCAGGGAGGAAAAAGCUGAAAUAACCCAUUGUUGGUGCCAUGGAAAUGCCCAGUGUGCUCAUUAGGAAUGAGGAAACUUCCUGCACCGGGGUGAAAGAGACCAUCCACAGGGCUGCAAGUGUCAGGGUAAUGAGGCAGUUAAUGGGCAUCACCUUGGAGGUGUUAAUGUUCAGUACUAAUCCACCCACAGAGGACAUGGACCAUGCCAAACUGAUGCCAUGCAGGAUUUUAACCAAGAAGAAACUUAAUUUGCCUUUUUGUUUAAUCAUUUAUGUAUUCAGUAUAUUUUAAUUCCAUUAAGCUCUGGGAACAUUGGCAGAAGGAAAAGGAGAUAUGGAUACUUUGAUACUUUUUUUUUCCCCCCAUUUCUUGUGCCAUUUUUCUUCCAUGCAGAGUUGUAGUUGUACUGAAGCAGCAGCAUGGUAUUAUUCAUACUCCCUGCAAGGGGUACACUUUGUACUUGGUGUACAAUUGCUCCAAAUCACCAGCACAGUUUGAGAAUGGGAGCUUUGCAUUUGUCACCCGUGAUAACACCUCUUUAACAUGAGGGAAAUUGACUUCCAAGGUGCAUCUAAAGAAAGAGAGGACUAUUUGCAGCAGAAAAUGAAGAAACCUGAGGAGGAUGACAAUGAGGAAUUUGAUACAUUAAUUUCUUUGUGCAGGGAUGCUCUGAGAGAUAGUGGGAUUUUGGGACUAUUUUCCUGGCUUUCCCACAGGCUUCCUCAGAGACCUCAGGAAGGUCUCUUUGUGAAAUGAGAGUUUGAGUGCAAUAUAAACCAAAAUGUUUGCCCAAAUGUAGAAUAUGGUUACACUGCUAAGGGGCCUUUGCAAUGCCUCGUGUGCAGAACAUUUCAAUAUGAACUGAUGAGGUGGGAGACAGUGUCACACUGGCCUGGCAUCAGGGGUCAGGGGGGAAAGGUCACAGCCACCCUGGGCACAGGAGAUACUGGGAGCUAGGGAGGGAGUGAGAGAAUGUGCAGGGAGUGCAGUUUCCUGGGGUCUCCUGCAUCUGCAUCCCCUGCUGCCCUUCUCCUCUUCCCUUCACCUGAUGCCUGUUAGUGAGUUGUCAGUGGCUGGAAUUUCCCUUUUGCCAGUAGCUUGCAAAGAAAUCUUUGCAUCCGGCACAGGGACCGUGGUGGAGUGGUGUUGUGAAUACAUUUUGAAUUGCAGCUUUGUAAUUUCUAUUUUGGAUGUACAUACUGUGAUUAAAUAGAAUGUUUUUCUUUUGUCAUCAGCUGGUUGUCUUGUACCUAUUUUCACUGUGCUCCAAAUGACAAAAAAACAAAAGAGGUGUUAAAUUUUGUUAUGUCAAAAUGAGGCAUUUUUGCCAAAGGGCAAGUGAAAUGUCAUGAAGAAAUAAUUUUUAUAACUAUCCUACUUAAGAUUUUGGCUCUCUGAUUAUUUUGAUAUUCUUCUUUAAUGGAUUGAUUUUAUUUAACUCAAGCCUGCUGUGAAUUUUCAGCUUAGCAAAGAUGGUUGUAAAUAAAUUAAUGGAAAAAUGUACGCUUAGAGUAAUAAGACUUUUUAUUUAAAUGGAAACAUUUGGGAUAUAAUCAGCUUUCAUGGGAAAAAAGAAAGAAUUAAAGUGGUUUUGCAGUUGGAAAAAGACAAUAAUUGGAAAUGCACCAGACACAGUAAUAAAAGCACUAGGAGAGAGUCCAUAGAGCAACAGAAUUAAGCAGUGACUGUCUAAUGAAGGAGCUGACAGAUCUGUUAACAUCAGCCCAAAAAUACUUUGCAGGGAAUCCAGCCUG